AUGGAACACACGCGGCCGUCUACAUUUAUUUUCAAGGAUCUCGCAUUGGCUACUCACGUUUUCCUUCGUGAUGAUACAGUAAGGCGCCCUCAACCACCGUAUACGGGUCCUCUUGCAAUUCUUCAGAGGAGAGACAAAACACUAACCUUAGACGUCAAUGGUAGAAAGGUAAGCAUUGAUCGUGUAAAGCCGGCUUAUAUUGAAAAUAAUGAAGUAGACAAAAAAACUACUCCUCCUGUGACCCCAGCAACCGCUAAUACUCCUCCUGUAGUCCAAACUACCCCUAAUAAUACAGGUCUGAUGCCAUAUCAAUCUGAUACUAGAGUAGUUAAGACAAGAUCUGUCAGAUGCGUUAGAUUUAGAAAUAUUUUAGAUAUUUAG